AUUUGCACCUUAUAUCGCGAGAGUUCACUCCUCUGACGUCUAGGAAGUUUACAUUCCGCAUGGAAACGCGUGGAUAGUUUUACUGUCAAACUGCACACUGCUUGCCAUGUCGGCUAUACUAAUCGAGGCUGUUUUAUCAUGCUCCCCUAAUCAUGAAGCGUUGUUCAAUGCGUUGUGUUGGCCCAGUGAUGCCUGGCCGGAAAAAGAGAGAAUAGAGGCACUUGCAGCUUUCAUUGAUGGAAUCGAUAAACAGUCCAACACGUCCACCGGAGGCAAAAUUAGCAGGAGGCAGGACGUUCUCGUGAGGGUUGAAUCCAUCAUCUGGAAACAAUGUAUGCCUCUACUCUAUAAAAUCUCUAGUGAGUGUAUGGUAUGUAACGGUGAGCAAGACUCGCGUAGUAAGGAAAUGACAAGUGCCGUGUGCCGGUUACUUAGCAUUUGCAUCGCCCUAUGUGAUAGCGGAGUUACUGCACAGCUGACCCGCUCCGUUCUACCGACGUUGCGGCAGUCAAACGGAGACACCGACGACGAGUCGAAUGGCGACGAACGGCUACACAUUGACCUGGCCAUCGAGGUCUUAUCUGUCCUGCUCCCCGCUCUCUCAGCAGACGAACAGCUCUCUACAACAACUCUCACAUGUGCAUUGUCUUGCAUCAGAGUCGCAUCAGACGCCCUGGUCUCCAAAAUCACGGUACGAAUUCUGUUCACCCUCCUCACCUGUUACAGCGAAGAGAAGUUGGCAAAAACACUCCAGUUUGUUUUGGACGACCUGUGCCGCUGGCACGCCGGUGACAGUUCCCCUGUGGCGACAGAGCGCGCAUUGCUGUGUUUGACAGCUCUCUCGGAUUACCUGCUCGCUCCUGUCAAACCCACCAACACGCCUCAGAGUCCGGCCUCUGCGCGACCGGACCCCCGCCUGUCGCUGCAGUUUUGGAGGAUCCUUCAAGACGGGCUAACGCAUAGAGACACCGUGUCACGGAAGCGCGCGCUCUACCUGCUGAAGAGGUGCGUCGCGCUGUCAGAGGAGGAAGGACAGGAGUGUCCCAGAGGACCUGCGUCUGGAGAAGGUGAGGAGGUGGUGUUCAGGUGGGUUCCUGGGAGCAGCAAGCUGCUCAGGGCCUUCUGGGAGGACUACGCCCUGGUCAUGGAAACUCUGGAGGAAAACCAGAUCCAUGUGGUGCGGCCUGUCCUCUCCAGGGUGGACUCUCUCAUCCAGACCACCGCCAGGGAAAGCCAAGCGUGCCUCCUGCCUGUGCUCCACCCCUCCUGGCUGCUGUGUGUGUACCAGCGCAUGUUCCACAGUGAGAACAAGGCUGUGAUGAGGGAGGGGCUGAGCCACCUGCUGGGCCUGCAGACCUCCACCCUGCCUGCCUUCACCCAGACCUUCUCUCAGUUCAUCGUGGGUCCCUUCAUGGAUGUGCUGUCUGAGAGCUCCCUCUUCCACAGGAGCCAGGACCAGUGUGUCGGGGAGUGUCCAGAGCUGGGGCUCAAGCUGCAGAGCUUCCUGGUGUCGUUCUUCAGAAGCCUGCCAAUGGAGAACAGAGGGUCUGUUCUACAGCAGCUGGUCCAGAGACUGGCCUCCCAGCACUGGUGCUCUGUACCAGUCCUGUUCGUGUCCCAAGCCCUGUCCCUCCUGCCCCCCGGCCCCCUCCUGGGCCCCCAGACCCUGCAGGCCCUGAGGGAGGUGCUGCGCUGCACCAUGGUAACGCACCAGGUCCUGCUCAGAGGGGCUGCCCAGUGCUUCCUGCUCAGCAGCGCCCUCUGCCUGACUGAUGUGAGUUCAGUCACCCUGGAUGAUGUGUUCAGUUUGCUGGUGCACUUCCCUGCCAACGAGUCUCUAUGCCGAGGUACCGGCCUGUGGAACCAGGUGUGUGUGUGGCUGGUAGACAGCGAGGGCAGCUUCCGAGCCUGUGGCUCCAGCUCCAGGGUGGAGGCAGGGGAAGGAGCUGGUCCUGCUGCCCCAGAGAGAGACUCCGUUCUAGGCUACGUCCAGAGGCAUAUGGAGGCCUAUCUCCGGGUCCCAGCCUCCACAGUAAAGGAGAAUGAGUGUCACAACUCAAAUGGAGGCAUGGAGGGAGUGCAAUGAUGAUUGCCUUUGUGAGAAGGCCCUGGAGGACAGGAAAUGGAUGGCAAAAAAGAUGUCCAGCUUGAAACAUGACUUCUUGACCGAGCUGGAGAGCCAGAUGACCGAUCUCCAAACAGAGUGGAGGAUGAACAACAAAGUUCUGAGAAACAAGGUCGAUGAGAUGCUUCAAACGGACAUUCCGGACAGAAAAGGGAUCCUUGACACCCUGAGAGACUUGGACCGAAUCUGGGAUGAGAAGAUCCUAAAAAGAAAAGGGACCACUGAAGGGAUCGAGGCCUUGCAACAGAAUGGCGACAGUAGAGAUGAGAAAUCCGAGAGAAGCGAAGAAGGCAGGAGAGUAGAAGGUGAUGAGACGAUGAAAGUGUCCCGUGGCUGCGGUCUUCAAGGCAAUGGGGGUGGCAAGAAACUUAACAGAUGCCAAAAGAUAAGGAUGGAGGAGGAGAUGUUUUGGUGGAGGGCGGUGGAGCGGCAGAACAUCCAAGCACAAGAGGAGAGACGCGAGAGAGUAAACCUUCAAAGACAACGGCAGAAGGACAAGAAAAGAGAAGAAGAAAUGAAAAAGAGAGAGAGGGAACAGUUGGAGAACGAGCAAAGGCUGAUGGAGAAAGAAAAAAGGAUCACAGGAAUGAGAGAGAAAGUGUUACAAGCCCAGGAGAGAGUGAUAGACAACAAACAAGAAGAAUUUGACCGCAAGAUAAAUAAGGUCAACAAAAUAGUGAUGGAGACAAGGGCACAGGUGGAGGAUGCAAAAAAGAGAGAAAGGGAUUUGCAAAGAAAGGCGAAAGAGAUUGCUGACAAGCAAGAGGAAUGUGACCGCACAGUGGAUGAAGUCAAUAGAAAAGUGUUGGAACUGAGAGCACAACCUGAGAGCAAAAAAGCAAAAAACUUUCCUGGAAGGACAAAGUGUAAAGAUAAUUGAUAACAUUACAUUUUAGAUUCUCUAUAUUUAAUUGUUGAGUGCUGUUCGUACCCUGCUGCUGUGGCAAAUUGCAAUUUCCUCACUGCGCGAAAAAUAAAGGAUUAUCUUAUCUUACAACUAGUUCAUGAGAUAGUCUGUAAUAGCAUUCAGAAGGAGUGGUUUAACACAGCACAUAGCCUUGUGCGGUAUUUUAUUUGAGGAAUAGUAUAUUAUAUAUAGUAUAUCAUUUUUGUAAUAGUAUAUUUGGAAUAAGCCACUGAGCCUGAUUUGUGUAGUUGUUUGGCUGUAACUCUCUGUUUCUCUCUAGACACAGAGAGCAGAUGAGGGGAAAAACCAAAGUGUAGAAAACAUGCAUCCCCGGGAAGGAAGGAGGCAGAGAGAGGAGAGGGGAACAGAGAGGCUUGGAGAGACCAAAUGGGUAGGAAGAAAAAGAUGGAAGGACAGCAAGAGGAGGAGAAACAAGGAACCAGGGAGCUUUGGGGACGACGCGCCACAGAAAGAAAGAGAAGGGAAAGGAGAGGAAACCGAUACGAAGACGACAAAAAGCAGGGAGGAGAAUGCAGGUGAAUCAAAGAAUGAACCAAAGGGACUGAGGAGGCAGAGGGAAGAAGAGAGAUCACGCAAAGAGUUGGAGUUCAAGAAGAGGCAGGAGGAAAAAGAGAGACUGCUGAAAGAAUCAGAGGCCAAGAAGAGGGAGGAAGAGCAGCGACUGGUGAAGAGGCAUGAAGAGGAGGAACAAAGGCUUAAUGUGGAGGCCAAGAGAAAGAUAGAAAGAAAAAAUAAAGAAAGAGUUUGAAGCCAAACUGCAGAAGGCAAAUGAGGAAGGGGAAAGGCUAUUACAGCAAUGGGAACAAGAAAAAACGGCUGGCUUUUAAGGAAGAAACUAGAGAGGGUACAAUUUCUGGGGAAAUUGUAGGGUGUGCUUGCUUCAGUUGCAU